CGGAUGUCUCUCUGUUUGUGUGAAAAGCCCGGCGCAUGUCUGCUCUCCUGUCCGAUUAGCUCCUCGGUCACCGGUUCCUGGACUCAGCAGCUCUUCCCUCCACGACCCACCGGAACUCCUGGGGACUGACCGGGAGUCUGCUCCGGCUGUGGAUUUGUCAUGGCGGCUGGAGGCAGUUCGGUUCCUCCGCAGCUCGGAGACGUAGAAGAAGACGCUUCUCAGCUGCUGUUUCCUAAAGAGUUUGAGAACGCUGAGACCCUGCUGAACUCUGAGGUCCACAUGCUGCUGGAGCACCGAAAGCAGCAGAACGAGAGCGCAGAGGACGAGCAGGAGCUGUCCGAGGUCUUCAUGAAGACGCUCAACUACACGGCCCGGUUCAGCCGCUUCAAGAACCGCGAGACCAUCACCGCCGUGCGCAGUCUCCUCCUGCAGAAGAAGCUCCAUAAGUUCGAGCUGUCCAGUUUGGCCAAUCUGUGUCCAGAAGCAGCUGAAGAAGCCAAGGCUCUGAUCCCCAGUUUGGAGGGACGCUUUGAGGAUGAGGAGCUGCAGCAGAUCCUGGACGACAUCCAGACCAAGAGAAGCUUCCAGUACUGAGCUGCUGUUCUGAUCCGGGGUACAUGUGGACCACCUGGAGCUUGGAGUUCUGAUCCGAUCUGUCCCGUCGACUCCUUCAAUAAAGUCUUU